AAAAGAAAAAGAUGAGGAUCGUAUUAUUUUUAUUCGUCUUAUUUCACAAAGGUUUCUCCGUGUAUAAUUCAAGAAUCUCAUCGUCAGCUGCCUUCGAUAUAUCUAUCCAAAACAAGAUCUCGUCCCCAAAGAGUAUUCUUGAGCUUGGUUUUUUCAAACCGGCCCCAAGUUCCAGUGUUGGUGACCGAUGGUACCUUGGCAUGUGGUACCGAAAGCUGCCUAAUGAAGUUGUUUGGGUUGCCAACAGAGACAAUCCACUCUCCAAGCCUAUCGGAACACUCAAAAUCUUCAGUAACAACCUCCAUCUCUUUGAUCAUACUAGUAACUCUGUUUGGUCAACCAAUGUGACUGGCCAAAGUCUGAAGUCGGACCUGACCGCCGAGCUUCUUGACAAUGGCAACUUGGUAUUGCGAUACUCCAGUAACAACGAGACAAGUGGAUUUUUAUGGCAAAGCUUCGACUUUCCGACGGAUACAUUACUCCCUGAUAUGAAACUGGGUUGGGAUAAGAAGUCGGGUCUAAAUAGGAUACUAAAAUCAUGGAAAAGCAUUAAUGAUCCUUCAACUGGCGAUUACACUUACAAAGUAGAAAUCCGUGAGCCUCCUGAGAGCUACAUACGGGAAAAGGGUGAGCCAUCACUCCGAAUUGGUCCGUGGAAUAGUGUAAGUGACAUUAACGUGAUUGGAAAAUUGACGCACGGAACCGAAAACAUUACUAUGAAGAGUGAGGAAAUCAGCUAUUCAUUUAGCGUAACUAACGGUAACGUUUUCUCAAUACUGAGGAUGGACCAUUCCGGAAUAUUGAACCGGUCCACAUGGAUCCCAACUUCAGGGGAAUUGAAGAGGAUAGGGUAUUUAUUACCAGAAGUAGAUGAUAUAUGCCAUGUGUACAACAUGUGUGGUCCUAAUGGUCUCUGUGACAUAAACACAUCACCAAUUUGUAACUGCAUCAAAGGGUUUCAGGCGAGACAUCAAGAAGCAUGGGAGCUAGGAGAUAAAAAAGAAGGGUGUGUGCGGAAGACACAGUCGAAGUGCAAUGGUGAUCAAUUCUUGAAGUUGCAGACCAUGAAGCUGCCAGAUACAGUAGUGUCAAUUGUAGACAUGAAACUUGGGUUGAAGGAAUGCAAGAAGAAGUGCUUAGCGACUUGCAACUGUACAGCAUACGCGAACGCAAAUAUGGAAAAUGGUGGAUCAGGUUGUGUUAUUUGGGUAGGAGAGCUACUCGAUCUCCGGAAAUACAAGAAUGCUGGUCAAGAUCUUUAUGUUAGACUUAGGAUGGAAGCCAUUGAUAUCGUAAGUAAUUUUUUACUUCUAAUGACUAUAUCAGGAGAAUUACAUUGUGAGGAAAUGACACUUGAAACAGUUGUAGUGGCGACCCAAGGUUUUUCGGAUUCAAAUAAAAUCGGUCAAGGUGGUUUUGGUAUUGUUUACAAGGGAAGGUUACUUGGCGGACAAGAAAUCGCUGUGAAAAGAUUGUUGAAGAUGUCAACUCAAGGUAUCGAUGAAUUUAAGAAUGAGUUGAGUCUGAACGCCAGUGUCCAACACGUCAACCUCGUCCAGCUCCUGGGAUACUGUUUUGAGGGUGGUGAGAUGAUUUUAAUAUAUGAGUACUUGGAAAACUCUAGCCUCGAUAAGUUUAUAUUCGACAAAAGCCAAAGCUCUAAGCUAACCUGGGAGAAGAGGGUCCAAAUUAUUAAUGGAAUCUCUCGGGGACUUUUAUAUCUUCACCAAGAUUCGCGGCGUCCGAUGGUCCACAGGGACCUAAAACCGAGCAACAUAUUACUUGAUCAAGAUAUGAUUCCGAAGAUAUCAGAUUUUGGGAUGAGUAAACUCUUCGACAAGCGUACGACAGCAGCUAACACAACAAAGAUCGUUGGAACUUUCGGUUAUAUGUCUCCCGAAUACGCGGAGGACGGAACUUAUUCAACAAAGUCAGAUGUUUUCAGCUUUGGAGUCGUGCUUCUUGAGAUUAUAUUUGGAGUAAAAAACAGAGACUUUUAUAUAUACUCGGAGAACGAAGAAAGUCUUCUUACAUAUAUAUGGAGGAAUUGGAAGGAAGGAAAAGGGCUCGACAGCAUAGAUCAAGUUAUCCUUGAUUCAUCAACAUUUCAACCACACCAAGUUAAAAGAUGCAUACAGAUUGGUCUCUUGUGUGUUCAAGAACGUGCAGAGGAUAGACCCACGAUGUUAUUAGUGUCUGUCAUGUUCGCAAGCGACACAAUGGAGAUCGAUCCGCCUGGACCGCCUGGUUAUUUAGUCCGUAGAAGUCAUCUUGAGACUGGUUCCUCGUCACGAAAGGAGCUAAACGAAGAAUCUUGGACUGUGGCCGAAGCAACCUACUCGGCCAUUGAACCUCGGUAAUCAAACGACGUGUUUCGCAAGGAAUUUAUUUAUGGGAGAAGGAUUCUAAAAGUUCAUUUCCAGCCGGUGUGGGAAGUAUCUUGGAACUUGAUAAAAAGAAAACAUAGCAAAGUACUUAAAUUUAUAUUUUAUAAUGUUUUUGUCUGUUUUACUAUAAAGAUCAGUAGCAUGUAAAUCAAUAGCAAAAAAUACAGAAACCUUCUCACGUUAUUUGAUCAGAAAGUAAAAUUAUAAUGUAGUACUUGCCAAAUUAUGAAGUACUCACAUUUCGUUUCAUAUUUUUAGACAAUAAUGUAUAUAGCUCUCAGACUGCCGCAGUUCACUUCAUAUUUUUAUUGCACAAAACCACUUCUUUUAGCAAUCUUUUCAUCCUUGAUGCAUGCUCUCUGUAAGAGUCAAAUACUUUGCUUUUGUGGUGCAUAAGGCGACAACAUGUUGUAAUCAUAAUCUCCAAUUUUCAGACACUCUAAAACGUAACGUUUUGCAGACUUAAUUUCUUUCUCAAAUUUUAGAUACAAAGAAUUAAUCAUUUAAAAACGGUAAGACCUGAAAAUACUAUAUCCCAUAUGUUACAAGAAAAGAAACCAGUUUUUCAGACGAUUUUUGAACGCGCAAUUUUCUAUGUAAUUAACGA